GCAGGCUCGCAGCGCGCGCCCGGCAAGAGCGAAUAGGAGGACGAGGAGGACACCUAGUCAGAUAUCGACGAUGUCGCUCCCGAUGUACAUGAAGGAGCCGGGGGAGCAUGAGCUUGUCAUCAUUCAAGGCUCGCAGGACAUGGAGGACAACCCUAUGGAUCCUUCAACUAUCGUGAUGCCUCGACUGGAAGAGACGGACAGCGAAAGCAUGGGCCACUCGCGGCACGACUCGCACUCCUCUUCCGCCGUCUACGUCGACCUCCCCGACCCGCAUCACGUUCAGACUCCCCUUCUCCAAGGAGACGACGAAUCUCAUGAUCACGAUCACGAACACGACCGAAACCAAGGACACCACGACCCAGAGCACGACCCCACCAACACAUCCUCGCAGGCCGCGCAAGAUAACGAGGCUGACAAUAGCCGCGAUCCUCUCAUCCCGCCGGGGCAAAACGCCUCCUCGGAUCCGCGAGGCGAAGCACCGCCGUAUUUCGAAGUCGUGGCGAACGACUCCCAGAACGACCUCAGCCGGAUGCAGAGCCCCGGGGGCGAUUCCACCUCGCCGUCGAGCCCACUCACGGAAGAGGGCGGCCUCGCCGGGCAGCAGCUCCCCGCCAGCGGGUCCUCGCGGCGGCGGUCCGUCCUGCGCGGCAUCCUCAACGCCGCGACCUCCGCGCUCAACCCGCGCACGCCGAUGAGUAUGCCAGGCCGCUCAUCACGCGACGGUGCCAGGAGCCCUGGCGCGGUGGUCUCGCUGGACGGUGACGCGCCCGUGGGGCGGCCGAGCGGCGGCGGCGCACGGCCUAGCACAAGCGUGCCGCGCCCGAGCACGGCGACGCGCCACCGGCCCUCGCACUCCGGGACGGGCUCGAUGCUCAGUAUCGCGUCCUCGGGGCUGCGCCCGCUCUCGCGCACGCGCACGCGCUCGACGUCGAAAUUCGCCUUCGCGCAGCAGUCGCGCGGGCACCUCACCUCGCCGUCGGCGCUUUCGAUCAACUCGAUCUCGUCGCCGCUCACGCACACGCUCGUCCGCACGGACUUUGUGUACCCCAAGACGGGCCCGACGCCGGAGCAGCUGAAGCUGCUGUCCUCGCGCGAGGCGGUCGGGAGGUACGGCGUGCCAUAUGGCCCGGACGCGCUUGCGUACGUUGCGUCGACGUCGCGGCUGGAUCUGCACGGUCCGCCGCCGGACUUUGAGAGUCAUGUGGGGGGCGGAUCUGGCGCGGGGACGGAGUCGCGGCCGUCGAUAGAUGGGCUGCCUGUCGCUGGGAUGUCUGCACUGCGCUCGCGCUCGCGACUUGGUUUGAAUCCGGACGAGCCUUCUUCUGGGUCACCCUCGCCGGAACCGCCGUCUCUCGAGACUGCUGGGACUCCUGCUGCUGAUGCGCGGGAGGACGCAGUGGAGGGAUCGCCCGAGGCCGAGAUUGUGCCGGAGCUGCCGUCCCCGCCUCUCGAGGACUCGACGUCAUCCGAAAAAGGCUUGCAUGCCGCCGAGCCGACAGUCACCGCUGGACAUGGCCACGAGCAGGAAGCAACCAUUACGCCGGCUACACUACAUACGGACAACGGCGCUGAGGUAGCAGCCGCGGAGGUGACUUCCGCUGCUGACAUCCCCAUUGACCAAAAUCCGUCUGUACCGAGUACCACCGCGUCACCACCAUCGUCACCACCAUCAUCACUUACCCCCUCGCCGACUCUUCUGCCUACCACAGCCCCUCCCGUUACGACAGUCCCCACCAAAGCCUCUCCUCCCGUGACGAAGCUCUCUGCCCCUCCUACUGCGUUCCACAUGUCGCCGUCCAACGGCGCCCCAGGCGCGCGCGCCGAGUCGCGUGCGAGUUCGUACAUGUCGUACGCGACCGCCCAGGAGGGCCUGACGGAUACUGAAACGCCGACAACGCCCGGGUUCCGGACGGAGUCUCCGGAAGACAAGGACAGUGCGAAUAACGAGGAUGAUGACGACGGCGAUUCGGCUCCGCCUACGCCGCGCAUCUCGAGGGCUCCUUUCGUGGCUGGUGUUGGGAAGGAGGUCGGCGCUGUUGUUGCAGGAUGAUGAUUCUUAGGCGGACUAGCUCCGGCUCUGGCGAGCGCUGCUAGUGCUGUUCACGCUGGGGGGCUUGGUUCGUUGGGCUAUCUUUCUUGGUUUUGUGAUCAGGUUUCAAAUUCUUGGGAGGCUGCCUGCUUCUGGCUACUGACAUACCUACUGACCAUCGGGGGAUCGACGACCCGCUAACGAACACGUAUGGUUCUCGUUUUACUUUUCCUACUGUGGAUCUCAGUCUUCUUUCCCAUCCUUCUCUGCUCUUUCCUUAUUGCUUAGUUUGCUGACUACCAUAGAGGUGUAUAUUGUUCGCAUCUACCAUCGAGUACCAUCAUCACGGACACCGUUAUAAGUACCACCACCCCCCACCACUACCAAUCUGUCCAUGCUCUCUCUCAGCUCUCUCUCUCUCUCCGCUCCUGUUUUCCCCAUUUGUCGUCUGUGUAUGAAUAAUCGACGUAAUGCGAGCGCUCCAUCUC